AUGAGCUUUUUCUCAAAUAAACCACGCCCUGCCGAAAUUGUGGAGCGCAAGGUGCACGGAAAAGCGGUUUCUGAAUGGGACUACAUCCUAGAUAUAAAAGAAGAGACUUUGAUUGCGUGGUGUCUGACGGGGGGAAACCCGGUGCGAAUCCCUGACGAAGAUGUUGGCUAUUUCUUCAGCGAUGACAUCUUCGUUGUUGUAAAGACGUUCAUCAAGAAUGGCAAAAUUGUACACAAUAUCCACUUCUGGAUUGGGGAGGAUAAGUCGGACGAAAUGAAACGAAGUCCCCAGAAGCAGGUGGAACAGCUAAUGUCUGUGCUUGAUGAUAACGCUGUGCUCUUCCGUGAAAUUGAAGGUCACGAGUCUCCUCAAUUCAAACAAUACUUCAAAGUCUUCGGGUAG